UUGAUUUUUCCAAAUUAACUCCUUGCAAUGGUUCAAUUUUAAAAUACGAAGUAAGCUUCAUGUCUACGUGGCACUAUUUCUGACUGUCGAUGGGUUUCAAUUCUGAAUGAUUUCAAGCUCUCGGUCGCGCUGUCAAGGUUGGAAAAUUGAGGAAGUUAAAUAACUGACUCCAGUAAUUCCUCAUAUGGUGGAAAAGCAACUCGACAUACUUUAUAUAUAAGAGCCAAAAUGGCGACGGAGGCGGUGGUUUCAUCAUGAUUUGUCCUUCCUCAUAUGGCUCAAACCACUUGACAGAGUGACCAUGGCGGAUGGUGGACAGGCAGAAUCGGAACAGGACAUCGAAAGGAAAAUAGAAGUUAUUAGACAACGGUUCAAGGACGAGUACGCGCAAGAUUCAUCAGACAAGUAUGACUCCAGAGACGUGGAGAAGCUUCAGAAGGAUGAUGCGUUCGCGGGGAGCUACCUUUCAUGGCGGCUUUUUGUGGUGGACGACGCCUUGAAGAUGAUCGAUGAGAGUCUCCAGUGGAGAAGAGAGUUCAGGCUGAACGACCUCACGGAAGGCUGCAUCCCCAAGUGGAUGUUUGAGACGGGAGCGGUUUAUCUCCAUGGCUACGACAAAGAGGGAAACAAAUUAUUCUGGUUCAAGGUGAAGCUGCACAUUAAGGAUGCAAAGACCCUCCAGGAGAAGAAGAAGUACGUGGCCUUCUGGCUGGAGCGCUACGCCAGGCGGGAGCCUGGCAUGCCCCUCACCGUGGUCUUCGACAUGUCGGAGUCAGGCCUCAGCAACAUCGACAUGGACUUUGUGAGGUACAUCAUUAACUGCUUCAAAGUGUAUUAUCCAAAGUUUCUGUCUAAGAUGAUCAUGUACGAGAUGCCGUGGAUCAUGAAUGCUGCUUGGAAGAUUGUGAAGACAUGGCUGGGUCCCGAAGCCAUCAGUAAGCUGAAGUUUGUGAGCAAGAGUGAGGUCCAGACCUUCAUAGGGCCUGAGUAUCUGCCAGCCUACAUGGGAGGCACUGAUGCCUUUAAAUACAGUUACCCUCCGCUCCCCGACGAUGACUUCCAAACCCCCAUAUCGGAAAACGGGCCCAUUGUCAGCGAGGACGAGACCGAGAGCAAGGACGGUGAGAUGGAGUCCAAGGACGCCCUGGAUAACAGCUUCAGCUCCGAGCCCCAGGCCCUCCGUCCCAGAAAGGUGAACUUCGCAGAGGACGGCUCGAGGCCAGAGGAGGGAGACCGUCUGGAGACUGGCAGCAGGACCAGGGCCGCCCGGAAACCGCUGACCACCUUUAAGGGCCCCUUACUGCACAUCAGUCCGGCAGAGGAGCUGUGCUUUGGGUCAAAAGAAACGGAGAAGAAAUGUCUGAUUAUCCUCAACAACGUGACCAAAAACCAAGUGGCCUUCAAGGUCCGAACAACAGCGCCGGAGAAGUACCGGGUCAAGCCCAGUAACACCAGCUGCGAGCCCGGAGCCUUCGUGGACAUCAUCGUGUCCCUGCACGGAGGCUUCCAGUCCUCCCCUCAGGAUCGGUUCCUGGUCAUGGCUGCAGAGAUGGACAACAACGCUGGGAGCAGUUCUCCAGAACUUGCACAGUUCUGGAAGGAUGUCCCGAAAUCCAAAGUCAUGGAGCACAGGCUGCGCUGCCACGUUCUGGAGAGCAGCCCCGCCCCCAGCCCUGUGACUGAAAGCCCGCUUGCUUCUGGGAUCAACAGCCACCAGGACCUGCAGACCACGCUCCUGCGGGUGGCAGCCAGCAGUGCCAGGCUGGAGCAGAACCUGGACCGCUGCUUAUGGAUCCAGAAGGUUCUGACGCACCUGAUGUCCUUCGUGAUGGCGUUCAGCUUCUGCACGCUUUACCUCGUGUACACCGGAGGAGGCCCUUCCUGCCCGGGCCCCGCCCCAGACUCUGCCCCUGGCCCCGCCCCGCCGCCCUCCUAGACCUUAAACUGUUGGAGCCCCUGCUGUCCCCGCCGAGAGACCCCAGUCCACGUCACGGAGACCACACCCACGGCACCGGUCCCCUCUGCCAGGAGCAGAACUGAGAGCCUACGACCCUGCAGGAGGCCGGCGGUCCCACGGCCUGAUUGGCUGCCCUUCCCAGAUGUGAAGGGUCAAGUGCGAGUUCCUUUGACUCAGGACUUUGAAAGAACCCGGUAACGCAUCGUAUUUUAUAGCGCUCAUCCAGGCAUUAAUGACGUCCUUAUUUAUUGCAAAGGUAAUUAGUGCUUCAUUGUAAUUUAGAGAAUUGUAAAUUAUGUACCGUAUUUCUUUUAAAUAUAUGUAUGCAAAGAAUAAAAUGCACCUUUGGUUUCAUAA